CCGAUCCCGGCGGGAAAGGAGGAGGAGGAGGAAGAAGAGGAAGAAGGGAGUGGGUUUUGGGGUGGGGGGAGGAGAUGGAUAAGUACGACGACCUGGGCCUGGAGGCCAGCAAGUUCAUCGAAGACCUCAACAUGUACGAGGCCUCCAAGGACGGGCUCUUUCGGGUGGACAAAGCGGCCGGCAACAACCCCGAGUUCGAGGAGACCCGGCGGGUCUUCGCCACCAAAAUGGCCAAGAUCCACCUCCAGCAGCAACAGCAGCAGCAGCAACAGGAGGAGAUGCUGAUGGCCACCCUGAACGGAGGAGGGGCUGCCUUCAGCGCCCCCCGGCCCAGCCCUCCGGUGGCACGGGGGGCCAAACCACCCCCAGCUUCCACCGGGAGGCUGUAUGAUGGAGGGGAGCGUGGCUUCAGUGAGACCUCGGGGAGCCAGGCUGGACGCCGGAGCUGGGAAUCGGAGCCCGACAGGAUCCCCAGAGCUGGGGGUUUGACACGGCCCGGCGUGGGACGUGGGGAGCAGCUGGCCAGCAGCUCCUCUGAACCCCAGCCCUGCCACGGCAGGCAGGAGAACGGCGGCGAGGGCAGGCGGGGUGGUGGGGACCAGAGGUCCUCCUCCUUCUCGCACACCCGGGCCCCCCCAGCACCCUCAGCGGGGACGGAGGAGGGGGCUCCAGGGACCCUGGGGCAGCAGAGGUCCUCCUCCUUCUCCACCCCCUCGGUGCAGCCUGCCCGAGGGUUUUCGGGCCCCGCUGAGGCCUGUGGUCCCAGGGCCAGAGGGGAUGGCAGCCAGCUGUGGUACCAAGGCGUCCCGCUCUCAUUCUCCCCCAGCUCCACGCCGACCGCCCCGAGUGCGGACUACCAGCACGCCACUGCCUACCCUGGCCCAGCCGGCCACUUCGUAGCCCACGGUCAGAGCCACCAGCCCAACGGCAGCGGGACGGGCCCUGAGCCCAGCUCCUCACGCCUGGCCUCGCAUGGGCCAAUGGCUCCGGAUGCUCCACAGCCACCUUUCCCAGAGGGCGGGAACGUCCCGCGGUCAGACGGUGGGCACCCGGAGGGCUCCGGUGCGGUGAAGGUGAAACUGCCCUGCCAGACCCUCCAUCCACAGCCAGAGCAAGGGCCAUCGGCCGCCGAGCUGAAGCUGGAGGCCCUGACCCAGCGCCUGGAGCAGGAGAUGGACGCUCGGCCAAAGGCCGAUUACUUUGGCACCUGCGUGAAGUGCAGCAAGGGGGUGUAUGGAGCAAACCAGGCAUGCCAGGCCAUGGGCAACCUCUACCACGAUGGCUGCUUCACCUGUGGAGCCUGCAGUCGAAAGCUGAGAGGAAAAGCCUUUUAUUUUGUCAAUGGCAAGGUGUUCUGUGAAGAAGAUUUCCUGUAUUCUGGUUUCCAGCAGUCAGCUGACAGGUGUUUCAUUUGUGGUCAUUUGAUAAUGGACAUGAUCCUGCAGGCUCUAGGGAAAUCAUAUCAUCCAGGCUGCUUCCGAUGUGUGGUCUGCAAUGACUGUCUGGAUGGUGUGCCAUUCACUGUAGACUCUGAAAACAAAAUCUACUGUGUCAGAGACUACCACAAAGUUUUAGCUCCAAAGUGUGCAGCGUGUGGACUUCCCAUUCUGCCCUCCGAGGGGUCUGAUGAGACCAUCCGGGUUGUGUCCAUGGACAAAGAUUACCAUGUGGAAUGUUACCACUGUGAGGACUGUGGGAUGGAACUCAACGACGAAGACGGGCAUCGCUGUUACCCGCUAGAUGAACAUUUGCUCUGUCACUCCUGUCACCUGAAGCACAUAGAGAACGGCACAACCCCAGCAGCUGUGUACCAGCACCACUACUAGGCAGCAUGGCCGAGGUGGGGGACCCAGGAGAGAAGACUCGUUACGAGAUCUCCCUCUCCCCAGCCCCAGUUGAUUUCCUGUGCGUGUUUUUCACCGGUCGGCAAUGUUCCUGUGAAAGGAUAUGAGAGUUUUUUGCUGGAUUCCCCGAGUUUGUAUGCUUGUGAGCUCCAGCUCUAUCAAACCAGAUCUACCUGACCAAGAAUGUGGCAUGUUAUCUAAAGUGAUCGGUUUACUUUUACGUGCCUUUUUCUGCUCUCUGGAGAUUCCUCAUGGCUCAUUUUGGAAGAUUCUUCAGUGAAAGCACAAUUUGCUGUCGUGCCUAUGAACUCAGACCAUGCACAAUUAAAAAGCCAGAGGCUGGCUUGCCUGCCUGCCUGCCUGCUGGGGACAUCCCGUCAGCCUGCUAAGUGUUUCCUGACAAGCACAUUUCAUCAGAUUCCCUGAAGGACAUCAACCUAUUAAUGCGAGUUUUUUAGACACUCUCACUCUUUUUAUUAGUUUUUUAGGAAAAGAACAGAAAGAGGUCUAUGCAAAACGGACUUUCCAGUUAAUUCUCCAAACUCUGGUGUCAAGUCUGGCUGUAAAAUGCACCAACUCUCCGAGCACAAACCGGGCGUGCUGGCUGGCAGCUGGAGGCUGACAUCCCAUAUCAAACGGAACAAAAAACUGGAACUAGGUUAAAAUACUGUGUAGACUGGGGGCCUGGGCUUGCGUAUCAGCUUGAUACACCGUGGGGCCAGUCUGCUGUAUCAGAGUCUGGAUAGUGGAUUAUAUUUGGAAAGGAAAGGUCAGGAUGCUGGAAGUGUGGACACGGGGAAAUCAGCCUCGUCCUUGCUUGCAGAGCUCACUUUGGAAAAAAAAGCUCUCCCUACACAGACACUUGCCUGAGUUUUCCAGCUUGUCCCCACGGCUCAGCCCCUAGCCUGGCCACUCCUUUCCAUGGUGUUUACCCAGCACAAAGCCAUUUCAUAAUGGUGCUUAUUUAGAGCUCUGGGAACAAACUCGUUAUCGUUAUGAAGGCUUUGUUACACAGGGAUUUGGAGCUCGGCUCCACAACCUGUAACUCAAAUGAGUAUGUUGGUAUAAACAGAUUUGCUCCCAUGGAUAAUAACAGCUUAUCCCAGAAUGGAGUUACUGAGUUUGGCCCUUGCUUUGUGUUCUGCUGAGAAAGGCAGAUCCUUUCUCUUUUUGAACCCCCCCCUGCUUUAUAGUCAAAGAAAUCUCCCCCAGUAGGUGUUACAUACAAGAUAGAUGUGCCUGCAGUGUAUGUUCUAUGGGUACCAAAGCUGUGCAGCCCCUCGUGUACAGGUACAAAAUGUUUGUCUAAGAAGAAGCUUUUAAUUUAACGUCUCAGAUGCAAUCAGGGAUCUUAGCUACCCGUUCUUACAUACAGUGUGGAAAACAAGUUAAAUCCUAUUGUAUCCAUGCUAAGGAUGUAAAUUUCUGAUUGAUAGGGGGACAGGAUGACAUUCUUGAAGAUCUUUUUAGCAAGGAAACUACAUUAAAUUAGCCCAGCAGUGGUGCUGGGACUCCUGUUAUGAGCCUGUGCUGAGGACCCACUAUGGUUCAACCAGACCUCUUUUUCCCAGACCAUGGAUGUAGCUGGAGAGGUGCUUGAACUUCACACCAUGUAGCUGGACUGCCUCGUGUACCUGUCUGGAGCAAUACAGGUGUGAGGUGCAGCCUGGCUCUGCCUGGGCUGAUAAAUACCACGGGACUCCACUCUUGAAUGGUGCAAGUUGCUGUGCGAAGUAUUAAACAGCAGCACAGAUGUACAAACAUCUGCUGUAAAACAGAUGGAGACCAGUGGCCUGUUGGCACCCUCCUGCACAUCUGUAUCAGCUUGCCUUGUCUGAAAUGUGACCAUCUGAAACUGCCUGGGGAGCUUGGUGGAAUUGGCACGGAGUUUCAUCGGUCCAGCAGACCAUCCCGCCUUCUGGCCCAUCAGGCCUUAAGUGUGUCUGUCUGCUGCUGCUGGGAUGGGGAUGGUGGCACACGGCUGGAGGGCAGUCCUACACUGGAAACCAUCCAGAGCCCCAGUUUUGGUGUAGUUUGGCUCUGUGACACCGUUUCUCCUGGGGACAUGCAACCCCUCAGUGAGUGACCGAAAGCUUGAGAGGGGGCACUUUCCUGCUGCAGUGUGCAUGGCUCUGAGGCACGUGUAUCUUCAGAGGGUUUUACCUGUGAUUUUAGAGGAGGUAAAAUUGGCCCCAAAUAUGUGAGCUCCCUGGAGCCUUCAGUUUGGCCUCCAGAUGCUGGAUAGCGAAGGGAUGGGAAGGAACCAACACAAGAUUAAUGUGCCCAGAGGAGCUGUGGCUGCCCCAUCCCUGGAGGGGUUCAAGGCCAGGCUGGAUGGGGCUUUGAGCAACCUGGUCUGGUGGGAGGUGUCCCUGCCCAUGGCAGGGGGGUUGGAACUCCAUGAUCUUUAAGGUCCCUUCCAACUCUAACCAUGCUGUGAUUCUGUGAUUAAUAACUGGUGCUGUAUCUAGGCAAUAUGGACUGGUGGCAGCAGAGCACCCAGGGCAGAUCCUGCAGGGCCAUGUCAGCUGGGCACGCAGCUGGGCAUGGGGUGGGAGGGUGUCUGAAGAUGCAACUGUGAUCUCAAGAGUGUCUAACGGGACUGAGAUGGGAGAUAAUGCCAGCUGAGUGUUGCUGGUGAAUAAUUCACAUAGUCCUGGGCGAGCGGUUCCCCUCCCUGAGUUUCCUUUGGCAGGGAAGGCAGUGAGAUAUCAAAGAGGCUUCUGGAAAUGAGCUGGAAACACCAGCCCUGGUCUAUUAUUCUGUCUCUGGGAGACUGGCUACCACAUGGGUCAUGCUUUUGCUAGCUCUUGAUUUUAGAGCAGCCCCUCAUGCCCAUUUUCUGGCCUCCGUUUUGGGAAACGAGCUGAAAACACUAGUGGGGCUGAUAUUUUCCUUUUAAUAUGGGGUGUUAGCUACCGUCUCACUCUUGGAGCCUUCCCCACAACCCCAGAAUAAUCAGGCAAGAAGGGGAGGGGGAGAAGGACAGCUUUCCUGCGUGGAAAGCCUGGAGCAGCCCGUUUGCAGCAAGCUGUCUUGCAGGAGCCUCCUUUGCAUCAACGGAAAGUUUGGCCGCUGCUCCCACACGGUGUCUUGUUACUGGUGUCAUCCAUCCCGCGUCCCUCAGCGCCGGGGAAAUGAAGGCUGCCCUACUUUCAGUGUUGAGGUCCCGUAUGAAUUAUUGAGUGCCCACGUUCUCCUUUCCUCUGUUCGUGACAAGCUGGAAGCGACAACGUGAAGCUGUUGAAAACGAAGCGCCGUUGAGUUUGUGGUUUUGAAGCUGCAGCGUCUGCUGCGUCGCCCUGCUCCGCUGUGUGUCCUGGCUUGCACUGCUUUUAUCUUUGGGAGCUUGAAUUCUUUUAAGCUUGUUUGUUAUUUCUCCUAGGUUGUGGGUGUCUGAGUCCCGGCUGAUUGUCCCCAGCCCUGGCGGUGGGUGCGGGAUGGGGGGGGUGGUGGGAGCAUCCCGCACAUGAGAGGCUUCUCCUCCUCUUGGCCCCCCACCAGGCACCCCUGGAGCUGCAGACCCUCACUGCCUGCCUUCAGGCAGCUCCCCCAAAGAGGGAAAACAGGCCAGCUGGAAGCUCUGGAGGUGAAUUGCAGAAAAUGUGCUAAAUUCUGCCUGUCAGCUGGCUGAUAUGCUCUGGGUUUUGCUUGAACCUUGUUAUCUUUUUAUUUAUUAAGAUGCUGAGAACAAGAAUUAGCCGUAAUUCCUCCCCCAGUGUGCUCUUCUGACUGGUUUUAGGGUAAGGGACCCUUGGAAGUCCCGUUGUGCUGGUAACGAGUGACUCACAUGCAAAUAUUCAAAUGAAUUCCCUGAAACUUGCUUUCAGGAUCGAGAGUUUAAUAGGUAUUUUCAUCCAGAUCGUGCUGUUAAAUUUCUAUUGUUUAAAAUACUGAAGCUCAUUUAAAUAGGGAUUUUUGCAUAAAAGCCAGGGGGGAAAGCCCCAGCUGUAGAAGCAGCAGCCAUUUUUGUGUAAUUUAAAGUGUAAGAAACCCCUGUGAUCAAAGUGAUUUAG